ACCACAUGGUUGGUUCUUGCUGCCCAUGCUGUUGUGACGCAAACAUGGUCAAUAUACUCUGAGAAACUACUUAGACUUUUAGCGAUAUUAAGUUAAUAGUUUUCAAUUAACUAUGUCUGGCAAAUCCGAAUUAAAGAUAAAUUCUAAAUUUGCUUCGAAAUACGAGAAAUACAGACAAAGAGAAGAGCUACAAAGACUUAAGGACCGGUAUGGAGCCCAGGGGGACGAGAGUGACUCCGGUUCGUCGGAAUCAGAGUCCGACGAGGACAGUGAAGUGGAGCUGGACCCCCAGCAGGACAAGGACUUCUACAGAACUCUGUCUCUCCUGAAGAAGAAGGACCCCAAGAUCUACCAGACAGACACUCAGUUCUACACAGAGCCAGCAGCAGGCUCUGGCAGCACCGGCCAGCCCUCCAGCUCCCAGAAGCCCCAGAAGGCGAUGUUCCUGAAGGACUACGAACGCAAGGUCAUCCUGGAGAGAGGAGGUAAAUACGAUGAUGACGAUGAGGAGGAGAGUGAUGACGAAGAGGCAGUGAAAAGGAGAGAGAGGGCUGCGUCUCCCAGCUACAUUCAGGAGCAGAGGGAUCUGAAGGAGAGCUUCAGGCACUGGGUCCAGGACAGUGAGGAGGAGGAGGGCAGUGGAGGAGAAGAGCCCCUGUUGACCAGGAGGAGCAGGACCCAGGAGGAGAAGGAGAGGGAGGAGCAGGACUAUGUGGAGUGGCUGAAGGGCCAAGCACAGCUGCAGGGACCAGAGGAGCUGCAGGACCUGAGCUACCUGAGGGAGUACUGGAACGACCCCCAGCUGGAUGAGAAGGAGCGCUUCCUCCGAGACUUCGUCCUCAACAAGGCUUACCUGGAGGGGGACCAGGACAGGGUCCCCUCCUAUGACGAGGUGGUGCAGGAGGAGGUUCAGGACUCAUCGGAGGAGGGGGAAGACUUCCUGCUCAAACAGGAAGUCUUCGAGAGACACUACAACUUCCGCUUCGAGGAGCCCGACUCACAAAAGAUAAAGACAUACCCUCGCUCCAUCGCCACCUCGGUGCGCUGCUCAGACGAGCGGCGGCGGGAGGCGCGGGCGCUGCGGCGGGACAGGAAGGAGCGCGAGCGUCUGCAGAAGCAGCAGCAGCUGCAGCACAUGAAGAACCUGAAGAGGGAGGAGAUCCUGGGGCGCCUGCAGAGACUGCAGCUGCAGACAGGGAGCCAGGAGGACGGCUUCUCUAUCUCACAUCUGCAGGGAGACUUCAACCCUGAGCAGCACGACAUGAUGAUGCAGGAGAUGUUUGGGGAGCAGUACUACGGAGAGGACGAAGAGGAAAAGCCUCAGUUUGAUGAUGAAGAGCAGGAGGACCACUGGAACUGGGACACAUGGACAGGAGAGGAAGGAGUAGGAGGAGAGGAAGAGGGGGGGAAGGAGGAGGAGGAAGGGGAGGAGCCCAACUGUGAAGACCCAGACUUCAUUAUGGACGCGGACUACGACCCCAGCCAGCCAAGCAGCUCUAAGAAGAAGAAGAGGAGGAGGAAGGAGGACGCUCCUCUGAUGGGGAAGAGGAAGAGGAAGUCUCACUUUGCUGAGGUCAUCACCAAGGACAAGCCUGUGUUUGAUCCCCAGGAGAAGAGCUUCCAGCAGUACCUGGAUGAGUACUAUAAGCUGGACUAUGAGGACAUCAUAGAUGACCUGCCCUGUCGCUUCCGUUACCGCCAGGUCCUGCCCAACAACUUUGGCCUGACCACAGAUGAGAUCCUGGGGUCGGAUGAGAAGGAUCUGAACCGCUGGUGCUCCUUGAAGAAGACUUGCAUGUUCAGAUCUGAUAAGGAGGAGAAGUGUGAUUUGAAGAACUACCAGAUCAAGGCCCAAAAUGUGAAGAAGAAGAGAGAGGUGUUGAGCUCCUUCUACUCUGAGGAGGAUGGAAUGGAGGAGGGGAAGAGGACAGGGAAGAAGAGGAUAGACAGGCUGAAGAAGCCAGAGGAGGAGGAGGUUGGACAGGACCACGAGGAGGGGCCCAAGGAGGGCGCUGAGGAGGGGCCUGCAGCCCACACACAGGCUGGACAGGAGGAGGAGGAGGAGUUCCUGGUUCCCAAGAAGAAGAGGAGAGAGGAGGAGAGAACUCCUCCUGUAGAGGAGGAGAAGGCAGAUGGGUCCCAGAGCCAGGCUGGGAGGGUUACCAGGGUUACCACCGGGGGGCCCAGGAAGACGCCCUUCAGGCACCCUGGAGGACGCCUCAUCCAGAGGCCUUUCAGGGUGAAGAUGGGGGGCCGUGAGUUCAGCGGCCAAAGGCUGAAGGCCUACGGGCUGAACCCCAAGAGACUGCACUUCAGACAGCUGGGGCGGCAGAGAAACAAGGCCCAGAGGAAGAGUCAGGAGUGAGGGCGAGUCAGGAGUGAGGGCGAGUCAGGAGUGAGGGCGAGUCAGGAGUGAGGGCGAGUCAGGAGGGAGGGCGAGUCAGGAG